GACUUUGAGAUUCCUGGCCAGAAACGACGGAGAACGACGGCUUCCAGGACGUCCGCGUCGGGUGCUCUAGAAAAGGAGAGUUGGAAAAACGCCAGCGGCAGCUAGCGCCAGAAACGCUGCUGUCACAGUUUCCACCUAAGUCGAAGGAAAACAAGUCAAAAGGCUCGUUCAAGUGGCAGUUGCUUUUUUUGGGCCAAGCCAGCGGUUCGUUUCGCUCGACCGGAUCACUAUGAGCGACAAAGGAGCUCGGUAAUGAUGAUAGCAUGACGCGCGACGGCGAAAUUCCAGCCAUUUUCAAUCCGAAAAGAGUGCGCACUCCUUCCGUGGUGGUCACCGGCGACUCCUCGACGAAUGGACCGUACAGCAAUAACAGCACCGGCGGAGCGGGAGCCAGCAGCAGCUCGGCAGUGGCCCUUGGAUCGUCUGCCCAGAACGGCAGCGGAGCAGCGGGCAGCUGCGGGUUCAGCAACGUGCUUACCUCGAGCAACCCGCAAAUAACCCACCAAGACUCGAUUUCUUCGAGCCAACAGGACCCCAAUGAAGUGGUCAUUAUCCCGGCGGACACCCCCACGAGCGCUCCGGGCAGCCACAAUGCAGCACACCACUUUGGAGGCGGCGACUCCAGCGACACCCAGACGGAGCAGCACCAAGCCAAUGGGCACGGCGAGGAGUCAGAGCUUCGCUUUCGGAAGCUGCAGGCCUGCAAGGAGUCAUGCUGCUCUGAACUGGCCCGAAAGAUGUACUUCGGAGUGUGCGUGACCAUCCUGAUGACCGCCUCGUGGGUGGGGGCCACCCACUGCAUUAAGUACAUGUACAAGUACCGUGCUCCGUACGACGACUUGCUGAACGACGACCAGGACACGUCCUCGAGCCGUGCCGACCUGAGCACGGAGCUGGAGGACAUACUGGCCAUCAGCGACUCGUCGCUGCACCACGUCGAGGACGCCACCGAGAUGUUCAACAUACCACCGCGCCAGCCGGUCUACUUCAGCGCCCCCUUCUUCGCCGCCUGGUUCUUCACUAACUUCUCGCUGCUCUUCUUCCCCAUCUACCUGCUGGGUCUGGUCUCCACGCGCAAGUGCGAGAAGCUGAGCGACAUCCUUGGCGACGUGCUGCGAGGAUUCCGGGAGCGCGGCUUCACCGUGGGUCGCUUCCUCAAUCGCUGCCUCUGCUUCUGCAUUCUAUGGCUGGUCACCACCUACCUGUACACCCUCUCCCUGCACGUCCUCUACGCCACGGAUGCCCUGGCCCUGUUCGCCACCAAUGUGGCAUGCGUGUACCUGUUAUCCUGGGUGAUCCUCCACGAGCAGUUCGUGGGCGUCAGAAUCGUGGCCAUUAUACUCUGCGACACAGGCAUAGCGUUGCUAGCCUACAUGGAUGGGAUCACGGAAAGCCGAACCCUGAGCGGCGUGGUCCUGGCCACAUUGGCCGGAGCUGGCUAUGCCGUGUUUAGGGUUAUGUUCCGCAAGGUGAUGGGCGAUCCGCCGGUGAGCCAAAUCGCCUUCAUAUUCACCGCCCUCGGCUUCCUCAACGCCCUGCUGCUGUGGCCCGUGGUGCUGGGACUCUACCUGACUGGCACGGAAAGCCUCACCUCGGAGAGCAUACCCUGGAACCUGCUGUUCGCGGCGAGCCUUCUGCUCCUCGUUUUCCACGUUCUGAUGCAGUUCAGUGCCGCCGUUACGUACAACAUGUUUGUGACAUUGGGUCUGAUUACGGCUGUGCCCGUUUCUGGCGCCCUCGAUGUCAUACUGUACAGUGCGAACUUUGCUGGCAUGAAACUGGCCGGAGUUAUCCUGAUUGGCAUCGGAUUUUUCCUCGUCAUGUUUCCCGCCAACUGGCCAGACUAUAUAACGCGAUUGUUGCGAAAGAGCGUUCGUGCCAUACUCCGCUACCAAUGUUGUUGUGAAUUAGCCGAAAUUCGCUAUGCUCAUUCGAAGCAUCAUAAUGCUGGGUCACAAUGCGAGAUGGGGUCGCGGCCCUCGGAGCGGUACUUCAACAGGUCAGCAUCCCACCAUUAUCGACUAUCGGACGGGAUACAUAAGGUCCCAUCUUCGUUCACCCUCUGGCCGUGUGAGAUGACUGAUCUGUCGCCGACCACCUCUGGGUUUCUACAUGGCCAUGGCGGCGCCAACGCACAGCAUCACCAGCAACUUUUGCACCACCAACAGCAGCAGCAUCAGCAGACCCACCAGCAGCACCUCCAGCAGCAGUACCACCACCGGCAGCACUCGCUCCACCAGCAGCACCUGCAGCGCCAGCACUCGCACACCUCGCUGACCAAGAUCCACCGCCAGAGCAGCAGCCACAGUGUCCACGGUGGUGGCGGGCGGGCGGAGCACCACCGAACCACUACAGGAGCCACCGGACGGCUCUUCUCCUACUUCGGAAACGAGCAGGAGCACGAGCGCAAGAAGUCGGAGACGUCGUUCUUUAAUCUCGGAUUUCGGAGGAAGUCCACCGUGGUCUACUACGCUCCAGCGGAUUGAGGGAGCACGACUUGCUCAGGCAUAUCAAAACCAUAUAAGCAAGAGGAUACAAUCAGAUUUAUUAGCGAGACAGAUGGGUUAUAGUUUGUUUGUCAUUAUAUCAUAAUUAUUGUCGUUGUUGUUGAUGUAAAAGUUCAAUCGGAUCGCAUGCAGUUACAAUUUUGCUCAAAUAUAACACAUUUAAAGGCUACAGUUACAGAAACACAGAUACAUUUGCAGAUACACAUACAGAUGCAGAUACACACCAGCACGGAGUUAGUCUCCCCACCUCCAAUGAAAGGAACCCAUGACCACGCACCCUGCCUCGCCUUGAAUCUCAGUCUCAAGAUACAGAAACCCAAGAAGGAGCCCGCGAUCGAGCUCAAAAGUGCCCCGAAAGUUAACUAUAUACGGUUAUAAUUUAAUACUCAUAAUUAUUACGAAAUUGUAUAAGGAAUCGAAGCCAAUUGUUUUAGCAAUUAUAUACAUUAAUUAUAACGGCAAUUAAUAGUCAAAUAUUUUAAAGUGGAUUCACUGAAAGGCGCACCUUCAGAAGGGAAAGAUAACGAAAAAAUGAACAAGAAAAUCCAAGAUAUUAAAUGCAAAUAGUUGAUAGAAGUCACCGAGAAUAUUCAAAUUUCACCCGGCUAAGGAACCCAUUAAACUGUAAGCUCAUCUAGCGAAUAGAUCCGAAUGGUUUUUCAUUUAAACUUAACAAUUAUAUAGGGAUUAACUUUUUUUAAAGGAUUUUAUUUGAAUGCGAACUGAAUGUGAGCCGAGUCAAAACGAAUCGAAGUAUUAGUAUUUUUAAAUGUUUAUGUGUUGUUCGUAAUUCGUAAUUCGAAGUGUUAUAGAGUUGAAUUGAAUCAACGAGGAUACUGUUGUAUUAACGCAACCGUCUCUUCUUUGAACCAAUCUGGAUCUGGGAGUACCCAUAUUGGAACGCUCAGAUUAGAGCUGUUGCAUGUUAUAUGAAUUAAGUUGUGUAGCCACAUCCAAUAAUUGAUUUGUGAUAGUUUUUAAAAAUGUUUGAUAACCACCCGCAUACACCACAUACUUUUACCGACCCUACCCAAAUAAAAGGCAAUGGUAUAGCUGGGAUGUAUUUAGAACACACGAAAACCGAACACGAAUAAAUAGUUGAAUAAAACCCUACCAAUUGUGGAA